AUGUCAGAACCAUCCCUGGGUGCCACUGAUGGUGGUGUCGCUACUGGAAACAAGCGAAAGCGUGAAGGCACUGACAGUGCUGGUCCCGAUUCUCAGCGUCUGAACCGCAACAGCAGCAGCAAUGGCAGCAUCCCAGGACCGGACACUCAGACCAAUUUCGCCCACAGUGCGCUUGGCAACUAUGAUGCCCACGGGCUUGCGGGUUCGGCAGAGCUUAACAUCGACCAGCAGAUUCUUCAGCACGUCGGUCAGAAUGGCAUCUCUGAUGAGAAUGCUCUCACUGCCAAGGCUGCCUUGGCUGCUCACAACCCUCAACAGAAAUACCCACCGCCACCGGAUACCUCUUUUGAUGCUACAAGCGGUCUAACCCACGGUCUACCCUUCGGCGAUGAAAUGGGCCAAGCGCCUAUGGGUCAUAAUCAUGGUCACAACUCGACAGCUGCCGCAGUAUAUGCUGCACGCGAGGCCCAGAGUAUGAAUCAGAAGCCUACAGUAGGCUCGCCGGAAUGGCAUCAGAUUCGCAAGAAUAAUCACAAAGAAGUGGAACGUCGCCGUCGUGAAGCGAUCAAUGAAGGCAUCAACGAGAUCGCCCGUCUUGUCCCCAACUGUGACAAGAAUAAGGGUGCUAUCCUUCAGCGUGCCAUUGAUUAUAUUUGCCAAUUGCAUGAAGAGAAAAAGAAUAUGACCGAGAGAUGGGAGCAAAGCAAUAUGACGACCAGCCACGCCAUCAAUGAGAUCAGCGCGCAAAACUCCAAAUUGAAAAUGGAAGUAAAUCAUCGUGGCGACAUUGCAUUGAAAUGGCUGCAACGUUGUCGUGAUGCCGGCCUCGACUUUGACGACUAUGGCGAUGCAGAUGAAUUAAAGCCUCUCGAUGUCGACCAAGGCCAGGGCCAAGUUUAA